AUGACUAGUCUGGAUACUAGCCUUGCACAGUCAGGACAUCAGCCUGUACCUGUAGCACCCGAACCUUCAGUGGCUGAGCCUGAUCCGAAGCCGGAAGAAUCACAGGCAGGGUAUGAUCCAAUGGAUGUGGAUCUAGGUGCAAUGCCAGAGGAGGAACCCGAAGAAGAGCCCGAAGAAGAACCAAAUGACGAACCUGAGGAAGCACUAGAGGAAGAACCAGAAGAAGCUCCAGAGGUGCGUCUGGACCUAAGGAUGGGCAGCCGAAAUGGAGAAGCCAGCGGUCAAGCAGAAGCAGAAGUAGAAACAGAAGCAGAAAUGGAAGAAAACGAAGGAGCCGAAGUAAAGAAGAAGAAGCAGCAACAGCAGCAAUACGAGGUUAGCAGGAAGUCAUCAGCGUGA